GGUUCAGAAAAAAGUCAAUAUGGCUUCGAAUUUAACUGUCAAUGUCCACCCGGGAGUCUACAUGAAUGUUGUCGACACUCAUAUGAGACGUACCAAGAGUUCUGCGAAAAAUACAGGACAGGAAAAGUGCAUGGGAACACUUAUGGGAUACUAUGAGAAAGGAUCGAUUCAGGUCACAAAUUGUUUCGCGAUCCCUUUCAAUGAGAGCAACGACGAUUUGGAAAUCGAUGAUCAAUUCAAUCAACAAAUGAUCUCUGCAUUAAAGAAAACUUCUCCAAAUGAGCAACCAGUUGGAUGGUUCCUUACAACAUCUGACAUUACUUCUUCGUGUCUCAUCUAUCACGACUACUAUGUACGUGUCAUCACUGAAGCAUCGGCUCGUCGUGAAUCUCCACCAAUUGUCGUUUUGACAAUUGACACGACUUUCUCUGGAGAUAUGUCAAAGCGUAUGCCAGUUCGUGCCUAUCUUCGCUCAAAAGCCGGAAUUCCUGGAGCUGCUGGACCACACUGUGCUAUUUUCAACCCACUUCGUGUCGAAUUAGCUGCAUUCCCGGGAGAACUGGUUGCUAUGCAACUUAUCGAAAAAGCUUUGGAUUCCAGAAGAAGAGAGGCAACUCUUGAAAGUGGAUUGGAGCAAUUGGAGACGAGCACAGCUCAGAUGAUUGAGUGGUUGGAGAGAAUGUUGCAUUACGUGGAAGAUGUUAACAAGAACGGUGAGAAGCCAGGAGAUGCUCAAAUCGGUCGUCAACUCAUGGAUAUUGUCACUGCCUCGUCAAACAAUAUGCAGCCAGAGAAGCUCGAUACUCUUGUCAAGAAUACUCUUCGUGACUACGUGAUGGUUUCGUACCUUGCCAAAUUGACUCAAACUCAACUUCAAGUUCACGAACGUCUUGUGUCGGCCUAAUUUUUGUUCUCCACACUAUAAACUCGUUUUUGUCCCGAUUUUUUCUAAUAUAUUUUUUUUUGGUUGGCGUUUGUUGUUUUUCUUUCCAUCCAUUUAUAUCAUCCUUCUUCCAAUUCUUAAAAUAUUUCUCCCCAUGUUUUCUAUCUAUCUGCCUUUUUUUUUUAAUGGAUUGUCUGAAAUUAGUAUUUGUUGUUUUCUUUUUCUCAUAAUUUAGCCUUCUUAUUGAUUUGGUUUUAAAGAAAAAUCAAUGUUUGAAGGUUUCUGAUGAUGAUCACUUUCUAUCGGAUAAACCUCGUUGUUAAAGGCGUCUGAUGGGAUGACUGAAUUGUUUUUUGCAUGAAUUUCUAUAUCUGG